CCGAGGGGCGGGCAGCCCCGGCUCCGUGCGGCUGCUGGCGGUGGAGCACCGGCGGAGCGGAACGGAGGGGAACGGCAACGGAAAGCGGCUGCCAGCGUGGAGAAGGCAAAGCUAUGGCAUCGCUGCUGUGCAACGCCCGCAUCCAGCUCACAGACACACUGGAGCAGAUGCAGCAGGGGACUCUGAUGCGCAAAGUCAAGUCCAAGAGCUGGAAGAAGCAGCGUUACUUCAAGCUGCAGGAAGACUGCAUGACCAUCUGGUACCAGUCCAAGAGGACAGGCAAAACUGAGUCUGCCUUCUCCAUCAGCGAUGUGGAGACGGUGCGGGAAGGGCACCAGUCAGAGGUGCUGCAGAGUGUGGCUGAGGAGUUCCCCCCUGAGCGCUGCUUCACCAUUGUCUUCUACGGCCGUCGUGGCAACCUGGACCUCGUUGCUGGCUCGGCAGAGGAGGCACAGUGCUGGAUACAGGGCCUGCGUCAGCUCAUUGAGGUGGCCACCACCAUGGACCAAAGGGAGAAGAUAGACCAAUGGAUUCGUGACUGGUUCCAGAAAGCUGACAAGAAUAAGGAUGGGCGCAUGAACUUCAAGGAGGUGCAGCGUCUCCUGAAGAUGAUGAACGUGGACAUGAACGAGGAUCAUGCCCUGAGGCUCUUCCAGGAUGCUGACAAGUCAGAGUCGGGGACACUGGAAGGGGAGGAAUUUGUCCUCUUCUACAAGGCUCUCACACAGCGUGAGGAGGUGCUGAGCCUCUUCCAAGAAUUUUCUGAGGAUGGAAAGAAGCUGACACUGCUGGAGCUGGUGGAUUUCCUGCGGGAGGAGCAACUGGAGGAUGAAGGCACAGAGGAGCUAGCCAUGGAGCUCAUUGACAAGUAUGAACCAUCAGAGACAGCCCGGGCUCGCCAUGUGCUGAGUGCUGACGGGUUCCUCAUGUACCUAUGCUCUCUGGAGGGCUCCAUCUUCAACCCUCAGCACCGGGCGUUGUGGCAGGACAUGAGCCAGCCACUCUGCCACUACUUCAUCUCCUCCUCCCACAACACCUACCUGAUAGAGGAUCAGAUCCGGGGCCACAGCAGCAUCGAGGGCUACAUCAGGGCUCUCAAACGGGGCUGCCGGUGCCUGGAGGUGGAUUGCUGGGACGGGCCAAAUGGGGAGCCCAUGGUGUACCACGGCCACACCUUCACCUCCAAGAUCCCCUUCCGGGAGGUGGUGAGCACCCUGGGGAAGUACGCCUUCAAGACCUCGGACUACCCAGUGAUCCUGUCUCUGGAGAACCACUGCAGCAUGGAGCAGCAGGAGGUCCUGGCCCAGCAGCUCAAGGACAUCCUGGGGGAACAGCUCCUCACCACUACCAUCGAUGGGCAUGUCCCCAUCCAGCUCCCAUCCCCAGAGGAGCUGAAGCACAAGAUCUUGCUGAAGGGCAAGAAGAUUGGGCGGCUGGAGGACACCCUGGAUGGGCCAGGGGAUGAGGCACCUGAUGUGUCUGAUGAUGACAAUGGGGCAGAGGCAGAGGAGGAGAGGCGGAGGGCAAAGAAGGACAAGGAGACCCUGGCACAAGCAUUGUCCGACUGUGUCAUCUACUGCAAGAAUGUGCCUUUCCGGGGCUUCCAGGAGGCCCGCAGCCAUUCCCGGCCCUCUGAGAUCUCCUCCCUCUCUGAAGCCAAGGCCAGGAAGCUCAUUCGGGAUGAAGGAAAUGAGUUUGUUCGCCACAAUGCCUGGCAGCUGACACGCAUCUACCCCAGCGGGAUGAGGACUGACUCCUCCAACUACAGCCCCCAGGAGAUGUGGAACGUGGGGUGCCAGAUUGUGGCCUUGAACUUCCAGACAGCCGGCAUGGAGAUGGACCUGUGUGAUGGGCUCUUCAGCCAGAAUGGCCACUGUGGCUACGUGCUCAAACCACCCUUCAUGAGGGACAAGGAGACUCUCUUCAACCCCAGUGACCCCAGCAGCCGGGAAGGCCCCAGCCCCGUCACCCUGACAAUCCAGGUAAUCAGCGGGCAGCAGCUGCCCAAAGUGGCCAACAGCAAGGAGGGAGCCAUCAUUGACCCACUGGUGCGUGUGGAGAUCUAUGGGGUCCCUGCAGACCAGGCACACCAGGAGACCAAGUAUAUUGAGAACAACGGGUUUAACCCCCGCUGGGAUGAGACACUACAAUUUCAGCUCCACGUGCCUGAGCUGGCCCUCAUCCGCUUUGUGGUAGAGGAUUAUGACAAGACUUCCAGGAAUGAUUUUGUGGGUCAGUUUACCCUAGCAUUUGCCAACAUCAAACCCGGAUAUCGCCACAUCCAUCUCCUCUCAAAGGAUGGCACCAGCAUCCCACCUUCUUCGCUCUUUGUCCACAUCCGCAUCACUGAGCCACCUGGCCCUGAGCAGGACUGAGUUCAUGGGGUGAGCAGCACCCGGAUGGAAGCCAUAGAGCCAGCUCUGAGCAGCUGGGGCCACGGAGCCAACCACCUUGCCCUUUUGCUGAGCUGUUUCUGUCAUCCCCGUGUCAUUGUUGAUGCUGUGACUCCCUCUGCAGUAGCCUCUGAGGGCUGGGAAAAAUCACUGACCUCCCCUUUCCAGGUCCAGGAUGCUGCUGCCCAUGCAUGAGUGUGGGGUCUAUGCCAGUGCAGCUCCCUCCACCUACCACAGGCACCUUGUCCUGGCCCAUGGUCAGAGCUUGACUGUGGGGAGGAGGAGAGAUGGAUGGUGCGUGGCACAGCUCUGCUACAGGGGCUGGUCCCCUUCCCCAGUCAGGGGAGCAAGGCUGGAGCCGAGCAAACCCCAGAGCUGGGCACAGCUGGGAGUGGAGUUGGUCCUCACUGCCCCCUAACCCUGCAGAGACCCAUCACAUCCCUUGGCCCCUACAGCCCCAAAUUAAUCCCUACCCCAUCCUUUCUCUGUAAGCAACUUAAUAAAUUGUUCA